AUGGGGAGCAUGGCAACAGAGAUAGUGGCUUUUCUCUUGACGAUUUCAGGCUGGGUUUUGGUGUCUUCCACGCUGCCCACAGACUACUGGAAGGUGUCCUCUGUGGAUGGAACGGUCAUAACCACGGCAACGUUUUGGUCAAAUCUGUGGAAAACUUGCGUCACGGACUCCACCGGUGUCUCCAACUGCAAGGACUUUCCCUCCAUGCUGGCUCUGGAUGCUUACAUCCAGGUUUGCAGAGGGCUCAUGAUUGCAGCAGUGUGUCUGGGGUUUUUUGGUGCUGCUCUCGCUCUGGUGGGGAUGAAAUGCACCAAAAUCGGCGGCUCGAACACCACCAAAGCUCGCUUGGCUGCCCUGUCCGGUGUUCACUUUAUCCUCUGUGGGCUGUCUGGCUUGACUGCGUGCUCUAUAUACGCCCGGCGGAUAACCACAGACUUCUUUGACCCCCUUUUUGUUGCUCAGAAGUUCGAGCUGGGGGCUGCCUUGUUCAUCGGCUGGUCGGGGUCUGUCUUGUGUAUCAUCGGAGGACUCAUAUUUUUUCUAUCGUUAUCUGAUGGAGACAGUUUGAGGCAAGUUUCAAUGGCCAUAAGGGCUGAGUAUUCCUAUAGAGGAGCCACGUCUUUUGAGACACAGCGGCACUACCCCAAUAAAGCACCCAGCAGCCUGCAGAAGGACUCGCACGAGCAAAGACAGUUUGGGAGAAAUGCAUAUGUGUGA